UAGUGACUGACAUACACAUUGAUGCACACAUGAUGUCAGGGGCUCUAUAGCGUACUCCUCGCACAUGCAUGUGAACUCCCACGCGUGAUCUGCGGGUCACGGUUCUUCACGGAUAUGGAAUUCUUCGUUCUCUUGUGGAUCUUGAGUACGGCACGAGCAGUGGACGGAUACCCUGGCUUCCCCUUACUACCCAUCUCUCUUGAAGUAAAAGAUGUUCCACAGUACUUCCGUUUACAGCAGGCAAUACAUGAUGAGGAAACUGAGAAAACUCUGUCGAAAGGUGUGAUCGCCCAAGCAUACAGUGAGACCUUUCUGAUAACCCGCAUAGGAUCUCGAGAACCACAUGUACGGGCAUCGUAUCAGCACUUACAGGACCAAGCGAGUGUCUCAUGGAAUGUACUGGGAGCCAAGGUUAAAGGAGUGCAAGGAGAGUUAGUGGGGAAUGAGGUAUCCCCCUCAGAUCCAGUAGCACGAGUAUUAUUUCACCGGUCAGGUGCAGAUGUUCCAGUCCGAGGGUCCCAGAACCCAUGUGUGAAUGUACAUGGGACGUACAGUGGACUGAAUGUGGAAGGCUUCUGUAGGAUACAACUUCCCCUGGAUGUGUGUGCUGUGGAACUGCUCUUCUCUCCCUCAUGGUUUACGCUUCCUUCCCUCCCGUUUAACCUAACCUUGAAUUACUCUGUGUCGGAGGAUUGUAAAUGGACAGGAGAAGACUCAGAGGUCACAGGCAUGGUUCAAGUGGUGAGAGUAGGAACCCCAAAGACUCAGAGAGUCAGCAUUGGUGAUUCUGUGACUGCAAUUCUUCCUGACAAGACUCUUCUCCCUGGGGAAGUGUUUACAGCUUCUAUCAGCCUCAGGCACAACUGGACACAACCUAGUUUCAGCCUUAGGGUUCGAUGCCGUGCAGGUUUGGAGCUGCUUUUUGCUCGCUCUGCAGCUCCAAACACAUGGGCUGUGAAAAUGGAAAGCCAACGAGGUGCAAAACACUAUACUGUGAUAGGACAUGUGACACACCGAACAGCCUCUGAGAGAAGACACCCAGUAGUUGUUGCUCUUUUGGAUUUUUUGGUAGGUAAUGUGUCUGUUGGGUCUGCUGUCUCUCGAAGAAUCUCUUUUCAGCUGGAUAUGCCAGGUGCAAGUGCAGCUGUGUCGGGGGUUCGAGGAAAUGCUGAAGUUUUAGUGUCUGAUCGGGACCUUAGAGCCAUCAUUCCACUUGUGAAGUCUCAUGAGAUACUGAAUACUGCUUCUCUUACUGGAAUAUCUCAAAAAAUCCCAGUUCGUGUAUUGGCUUGGGAGGCAGGAGGAUCUGUGAUGGAUGUCACAAAGCAGACCGGCUGUGAGACACCCAAUGCACAAAUUGUACAGGUAUCAGAUGGCUGUGACUUCUUGUUUGUGGGUGGAAAGGAAACUCAAGGGGCCCUGGGGGUGAAAGUUGAGUUUUGGCUGGAACGGCUCCGUUCUUCUUUAUCCCUCUCACUUUGGGUGCCGCUGCUUCCUCUAAGAGUAGAAGUGUCUGAUACCAAGCUACAGAGGUUGGAAGGCUUUGGGGCUGCUGGUACAAUGCAUGAAGAGGAAGGUGGUGAACGCAGAGCUUCCACUGACCACAAAACUAAGAGCUGCCGUUUUCAGUAUCAGAGAGCCCGUGUCCGUUUUCUAGCAUACUUUGUGGCUCACUCUUUGGAUGGCAGCCGUCAGCUGACUUACCUGCUGGGCACAGAUUGGUUAUUGGAUGUUUCACCCCUCAUCAGGAGCCAGGCAGUGAUUAGAGAUCCCCGCAUUGCUCGUUUAGAAGAGGAAGGAAGUGUCCUUAUUGGACAGGAGCCUGGCGUUACAUCUGUGGAGGUGAGGUCUCCUCUCUCACAUUCCAUCCUUGGUGAACAGACUAUCAUUGUUUCAUCUGAAACAGUCUCCAUAUUGGAAUUGCGUUCUCACUUAAUAUGGGGCAUAUCAUUGUCUGUGGAUCCAUAUGAGAUGCAGCAUCCUGGUGUCUUUACAGUCUGGUGUCAGUCUCAGGAAACACCAAUGGUACCAAAACAGGAGUCAAUAUUAUCUCUUUGGCUAGUGUUUAGCGACAUGUCUGUCUCUCCAGUGACACUCUAUGAUCCUUCGGAGCUGUCUCUUUCUAUUGUCUCUUCUGACCCGUCUGUGCUCUCUGUUCGUCGCCCUGUUGUCUCAGUGAGCUCUUGGUCCUUGCCUGUGCUUGUGUUUGAGGGCCUGGGGGAAUGGCCUUUACUUCGUUUAUCACUCUUAAUUCCAGAACGAUGUAGAAAUGGAGAAAACACAGGUGUGCUCAGUGCCGGGUAUUUCCGUGUUACAUUCCCCAACAAUGGAACCGAAUUUGGUGGUCAUUCUACCAAGGAUGUGAUCCAGAGUAACAAUGACCUUCACAGCAGAGAUGGAGACACUUCAAGUGCCAGUAAUGUCAUCCCAGGCACUAGUGACAUUAUUCUGAGAAGUGAUGGCCCAAUCUCUGAAGAGGAUGGCUCAAUUAAUGGUGCCAAUGACAUUGUUAAAACACGAUGGGUCCCAGGCCUCCAAGAAGGGCUGUAUGGACUUCUUGCCGUCUUCACUCUUCUUACACUCCUUUUUUUUCUUAGUUGUGUGGCAUUCAUUAUGAGACACAGGAAAAAAUCACCCCCUGAAUGCCAAGGAAAUCCUGAAGCCCCCAACUGGGUCUGGCUGGAGGGUCCAGAAGGUGAUGUUCCAGUGACUCAAGGAGAGGAAGUAGGCGAGGAAGAAGAAAAGAAUGGACAGUGGGAGGGAAUAGAUAGAGGGUCUCAGAGCCUUACCAGUACUUUCCAUCCGGUAAGAAACCCCCAGGGACCUAAGACCAGCAUCAGCCUCCAACCUGAUCCUCGGUCAUUCUCCACACCGAGUCAUUCCGGGGCAUGCCUGGAAGCCAAGAAUCCUCAUGUAAUGUCUUUCCGAACUGCAGCUUCCAGAGAAGGUGAACGAAGAGUGGAGCGAAUGCCAGAUGAUCCUUCUGUGCGCUCCAUCCUUGUUGCCAGUGAGGAGGAUAUCAUGUGGGUGUGCAAAGACAUGGGCAUUAAAGAACCCCAGGAGAUCAUGAGCUAUAUGGAAAGGAUAAGAGGGGAAACGCCACCUCUUGGUGAUAGACGCAGCGAGAGACCACGAGGGAGGGGGGGAGUGGAUGUUGGUGUUAGUGUCAGAAGAUUGACUUAAUACAAGUAGUGCAGUGGAAUAAAAAGAAGGCCAGCUGUGAUCUACAUAAUAUAAUUUUCUUCACGGCGUCAUGUAAUUAACAAAUAAGGAUCUGUUAAGGAAACCAAAUUAUCAGUGUUUUUCAGUGAAGGUUUCCCCUUUUGUGAAACUGAAAUUGGGGUUUGCUAACAAAGCACAAGUGGUUGAGUAUUGUACAAGCGACUUUUUCUCCAGCGUUGAUUGGGGUUUUUUUUCUACAUUUUUUACUGUCUAUAUUAUUUAUUUUAAGGGCACCCUGUAAAGAAAAAUGAGAUGGGUAGCUAAUUGAAAUUUGAAAUUAUUCUUAUAUGUAAUACUUUAAGAAAGAAUUGAAGCAUCGCUCUAAAUAGAAGCUGCCAAAGAGUGCAA